AUUUAACUAUUUUGGCUAAUCCUUUUUUUGUUGCUAGCUUUACACAGGUCUCUUCCGUCUUGUUUUGCAUUGCGAGUGAACCCCAAUUGGCGCAUUCAAGCGGAUCACUUUUAGGAAAAGGCUUAGCUAAAAUGCUACAGUUGUCAACAAUGUUAUCCACAACGCAACAACGAGAUGGAGCUGAACUUGGUAGCCACUACCGUACAAACAAUCAGUCUCGACAAACCAUCAGCAGGGAGAGGCUAUACGGACACGCCUGGUGCCCAAAUUGAUGACGUAUGUCGAGCAGUGAGAGUCGUCCUCAAGAGCCCCUCUUAAGGCUGAAGUGAGGGAUUCAACUAAUCUGGCCAGGGCCCCGGGAAGGCGUGUUUUGCACCCAGUAAAAGUUGAUUGUAUUCGUUUUGGAAUCGGACUGCCUCCCAGGCGUGAGCCAGGUGCCCUGUUCAAAGCCCACGGCAAAAUCGUCUUAAUUAUGUAAGUGGAGUAGGUUGGCCAACGGUCCUCUACAUUGUGCUCUGAUUGUCCAAUCAAAAGAAGCCGGAUGAAGGAUGUGCUUAACUCGGCGUUCUCAUUGGCCAAGAAGACAAGCCAAGGCUUUGGAUGAAUUCAUCAGCACUUGCACACGUGAUAUGUGCGCGCUGGUCCUGAUUAGCUGACAAACAGCUGAUGAACAUGGCAAGGACACAGUUUAAAGGACAGACGGGAGGAAAGCAUACUGAGUAGAAAUAACCACAAUGGAACAUGCAAACUAUUUUUAGGGCGCGACCGAUUAUUUAUUAUCGUCCCGCAGUAGUCUGUGUCCUUGGGAUUUUGACAGAUUUUGCUUAGAACCGGCGAUUUGGAAUUCUACAUAUCUUUCAUAUACCGAAUUUCAUUUAGCUAAGGUCGAGCCCAUUUAGCAAUGGAUUUUAUAUUGAGCGGGGCAGCUGCCUGCGGAGCUUGCCUGUUCACUAACCCACUGGAGGUUGUCAAAACGCGAAUGCAAUUACAAGGAGAGCUCAAAAACCGGGGGACCUACCAGAUUUACUACCGCAACGUUUUCCACGCUUUUUACACUAUCGGCAAAGUAGAUGGACUAGCUGGUUUACAGAAAGGGUUGGUACCGGGACUUGUCUAUCAGUUUUUCAUGAAUGGAGUUCGGCUUGGGUCGUAUUCAAUCAUUGAGUCAUCUGGAUACAUCCACACGGACGGGAGGGUUAGUGCUGCUAAAACUACAGUAGCAGGGGCUGCGGCUGGAGUAGUGGGGGCAGUGAUGGGAAGUCCCAUCUACUUGGUGAAGACUCACAUUCAGAGUCAGGCCACUUCCUCUAUAGCUGUUGGACAUCAGUAUCAACAUCAGGGGAUGGUCCAUGCUCUGGCAGCGAUCCACAAGCAGCAUGGUAUCCUAGGCCUGUGGAGGGGCUCCAGUGCAGCUGUACCUAGGGUCAGCGUGGGGUCAGCUGCUCAACUCUACUCCUUCGCUGCCUCCAAGGAGCUUGUUGUCGACCUACAGGUGUUCCCAGAGGGCAGCUGGCUGGUGGCUCUGUGCGCAGGGAUGAUCAGCAGUGUGGUGGUGGUGGCAGCCAUGACACCCUUUGACGUGGUCAGCACACGGCUCUACAACCAACCUGUGGAUCAUACAGGCAAGGGAGAGCUCUAUAAAGGUUUUGGGGACUGCUUCUCGAAGACACUGAAGAUGGAGGGUGUGACAGGGCUCUACAAAGGCCUGGGUGCAUCCUACUUCCGUCUGGGGCCACACACCAUCCUGUCUCUACUGUUCUGGGACGAACUGAGGAAGCUCUGGCAGCAGCACAGAUAGUAGCCGGCAGGCAGGACAAGCUCUACUCUGCCAGCAACACAGAUAGUAUCAGGAAAGGGAAUGGUCGCGUUCCAGGCCAUCUACAAAGCAGUUGCGCUGCAUAAAUGAACCGAUGAUUGCCACGUCAUCUACAUUGCAGUCGGGCAUUAGUAUGAUACUCUUUAUGUAUGGUUGUAUUUGUAUCUUUUUCUCAAACAAUAACAACCAUACAUAAACAAAAUACAAACAGGCACACACAAAUUUCAUCGAAUUGAAUAUUUACAUAAUACAUUUGAUUCAUCCACUGUCAUAGUGAUGUCAUCCAGUUUUUUCAAAAUCAUUGACGAGAAAAGUAUGGUCCACCCUGUUUGAGUAUCUCACCGCACCCUAAUAUGCCACGUCUUGAAAUAUGCAGAUAGACAGAUUAAAAUCACAUUUACAUUGUAAAACCUCUGACAGCCAACUGUCUAACUCCGCCCAUAACUUUUGGACCUAGCACUCCCAGAAGGCAUGGAUUAUUAAGUCCAUGUUAGUUUUACACUUGAGACAUGACUCUACUGUUGUCAUGUAGAAUUUGUGAAAUUUGUCUCUUGUAUAACAAAUUGUAUACAUGAGUUUAUACUGGAUUAAGCGUACAUUUUCGUUAACUGUAAUUACAUUAGUUAUGUUCCAACACUCCAUCUUGUGCCAGGCAUCAGAAUUCAAUGUGGUUACUGACAUCCAGGAGUUGGGAUGUGGUGCGUGACUGCAAUGUAGGUGGCCCUGAAGAUGGACGCAGUCAGGUAUAAAGAUAAAGACUCAUUAAGCCACAGGUCAGUUCACAGGUUAAAUGAUCCCUAAUUUAAUGAGUUUGUAGCCUGAUCCCAGAUCUGUUUGUUCAAUCUUGUCAACUCCUAUGGCCAUUGACUAUACAGCGUAAACAGAUCUGGGACCAGGCUUAUGCAUUUGGUCUUGAGAUAUAUGUCAAUAGUGGAGGAGUUUACUUUUGUGUGUAAACUUUUUUUAAACUAGAGCAAAGGUUCUACACUCCAAUAAGAAUCUAAUUCAAACUGGUUUCUGAUCUCGGAAGCACAAUGAGGUAACAAUAGGCUGCUGUGGUGGCUGACACGUUGUGGUAUGCAGCAGAAUAGUUUAUCCAUCCAAUAAGAAUAGGAAGAUGUUUCUUGAGUCAGAAUAAUUCCCAAUUCUUCUGCAGAAUGUUCACCACAAGCUUCCUCCACUUGUACUAAUAAUAACGUCCUUACCUCAUCCAAGUUACUGACUGCUGUGCAUUUAUGUAGCUUGAGUACUAGGAAACCUCUACUACACAAUUUAAUUGACAGAGAAUUAGAACAUCUACAGAUUAGGCAAGACUUCUUCAAACGUACAUGAACAAUCUCAGCACAGUAUUAAUAUAGAAAAAAAUCGACCUCCAGAGUAGAUUUAAUGAUUUACAAACCCCAUCGCAACAGUUGUUUUCACACAUUUAAUAUAAAUUUACCGCAGAAAUUAGACACAAGUUUAUUUUUAUAAAGUAUAGUGGGAUUUGUUCAUACCGCUUGCCUUACUGUAAAAUUGCUCUCUGGAUGUAUAGCUUACUGCUUCUAUUGAUUCUAAGGUUGACUAAUAUUGUACAUUGGGUCUGCUUACUUGACACAGCUGGGUUAUUUAAUUGCUGUACAUCCAUUACAGGCAUUUUGAUUCAUUUUGAUCUCUCUAAUGAAUGUAUUAAUUGUCUUGUGUAGAUCCAAUCGCUGAAGGAUAUUUAUUUACUAACGUGAUUCUGAUAUUGGUUUGUUACACAGCCAUAUGCAGUGCCAUGUAAUGUAAUUUUGUAGGAUGCAAAACAGCCCCCCCCCCCCCCCCCCCCCAAAAUGAAUAAAUAAUAAUACUUGUAAUUGCUGUCAAA